AUGGCAACUUCGACUGACAAUACAGAAUUAGAACAACAAGUGUCAAGCUCACCAAGUCGAUUACCUUAUCAUGUCUCAUUUAAUGAUGAUCAAUUACCGGCAUCACGACAAGAUUCAUUAUCAUCUGCUGAAAAAAGUGGACGUUUUGUUGUUGUUAAAUCAUCAGAUGUUCCUGAUAUUAAUGAAAAUGAUACAAUGGAUAGUUCACAUACAACAAUAGAAAAUGAAAAAAUGCCAUUACAAGCACAGUCUGAUGUUUCCGUUAAAUUUAAUGAAAGUAUUUUUGAAGAACAUGACCAUCGACCACGUACAGUACUUGAUCAAUUGUAUAAUUAUAAAGGUGGCAUUGUACCUAAUGCAGCUGAACGUGAGAAGCCAUCAACAGCUCAACAACAAUCAGCAAAUCUUGGUACAAUUUUUGGUGUUUAUCUUCCUUGUGUUCAAAAUAUAUUCGGUGUUAUCGUUUUUUAUACGUCUUUUUUGACUCUUUUAACAGCUAUAUCCAUGGCAGCUAUUGCAACAAAUGGGAUUGUACCAGCUGGUGGAGCGUAUUUUAUGAUAUCUCGUUCACUUGGUCCAGAAUUUGGUGGAGCAGUUGGAAUUCUAUUUUAUUUAGGUAAUACAUUCGCUGCAUCAAUGUAUAUUGUUGGAGCUGUUGAAAUUGUAGUUAAAUAUAUGUGUCCGGAAAAAUGCCGUCUAUUUGGUGAUGAUGUCGAAAUACCAUCUGUAGCUUUUAAUCAUUAUCGUAUAUACGGCACUAUAUUACUAUUAAUUAUUGGAGCUUGUGUUCUAAUUGGUAUUAAAUUUGUAACUAAAAUAGCACCAUUAUCAUUAUGUGCUGUACUUAUCUCAAUUUUGGCUAUCUAUGCGGGUGUUAUUAAAAGUUCUUUUAGUCCACCUGAUUUACGUAUUUGCCUGGUUGGAUCUAAUCCGUCACAUUUAAUUAAGUCAAAUGUACUGCAUAAUGAUAUUGAACGUUAUUGUCGUCCAGAUAAAUGGUGUUCAAGAGAUAAUGAAACAAUAUUAUGUCCACUUUAUGUCGCAAUAUGCAAUAAAUCAACUAAUACAUUAUGUUCUCCAAAUGGUUAUAUUGAAAAUGUUCGAGCUGUACCAGCUGUACCAGGUCUUAAAAAUUGGCAAUUAUCAGAGAAUCUUUUUUCACAUUAUCGACAAGAAGGUGAAGUUGAACGUGAUGUAAAAGGUGAUGCAUCCUAUGAAGUUGUAGCACAAGAGAUAACAACAUUUCUAAUUCUUGUUGGUAUUUAUUUUCCAUCAGUUACUGGUAUUAUGGCUGGUUCAAAUCGUAGUGGAGAUUUACGUGAUCCAAGUCGAAGUAUUCCACGUGGGACUAUUGCUGCUAUUAUAACAACAUCAAUUAUUUAUUUAUCCAAUGUUAUAUUUUUGGCUGCAUGUGUACAUAGUUCAUUAUUAAGAGAUAAAUUUGGUGAUAGUGUUAAUAAACAAUUAAUUGUGGCGAUUUUAGCAUGGCCAAAUAAAUGGGUUAUUAUGAUAGGUGCAUUCUGUUCGACUGUUGGAGCCGGUUUACAAACACUAACAGGUGCACCACGUCUAUUACAAGCAGUAGCAAAAGAUAAUUUAAUACCAAUUCUUAGUCCAUUAGCAAAAUCUUAUCGAGGCGAACCUGUACCAGCUCUUUUCUUAACAUUAUUGAUAUGUGAAUGUGGUAUUCUUAUCGCUGAUGUUGAUAAACUUACAGCACUUCUCUCAAUGUUCUUUCUUUUAUGUUAUGGAUUCGUUAAUUUAGCUUGCGCUUUACAAACUAUUUUAAAAGCACCUAGUUGGCGACCCCGCUUUCGUUUUUAUCAUUGGUUUUUAUCAUUUAUGGGCGUUUGUCUUUGUAUUUCAAUUAUGUUUAUUGCUUCAUGGUAUUUUGCGCUUGUAGCAAUGUUAAUUGCCAUAGUUAUAUAUAAAUUUAUUGAAUACAAAGGAGCAGAGAAAGAAUGGGGAGAUGGCAUACGUGGUUUAUCAAUGUCAGCAGCUCGUUAUGCAUUAUUUCGUGUUGAUGAAUCUCAACCACAUACAAAAAAUUGGCGUCCACAAUUAUUAGCAUUUUUUAAUGCACAACGAAAUGAAGAAGAUGAAGUAUUUACUUUACGUCAUCCAAAACUACUUAAUUUUCUUUAUCAACUUAAAGCUGGACAAGGUUUUGUUGUGGCUGCAAGUAUUCUUGAAGGAGAUUAUCUUGAAAAACAUCAAUAUAUUGAACCAGUUCGUUCAGUACUGAAAGCUGGUUUAGCUCAAGCUAAAGUUCAAGGUUUUGCUGAAGUUCUUGCAGCUAAAGAUGCUGAAGAUGGAAUUAGUGCAUUAAUUCAAACUGAAGGUUUGGGUGGUUUAAGACCUAAUACAAUCAUUCUUUGUUGGCCAAUACAUUGGAAAAAAGAUUAUGAUAGUUAUACAGCUGAUGCAUUCAUUCGAACAAUUGCUAUCGCUGAAGCACGUCAAUGUGCUGUAAUUGUACCGAAAAAUAUCGAUAAUUUUCCAGAACAUAAACAAAUUCAAGAAGGUACUAUUGAUAUAUGGUGGAUUAUACAUGAUGGUGGUCUUCUAUUUCUUAUUGCAUUUCUAUUAAAACGUAAUAAAGUAUGGGCACGUUGUCGUAUACGUUUAUUUACUGUUGCACAACUCGAAGAUAAUUCCGUUGAAAUGAAAAAAGAUCUCGAACAAUAUAUGUAUCAAUUACGUAUUGAAGCUGAAGUUAAUGUUGUUGAAAUGGAAGAUCAAGAAAUCUCGGCAUAUGCUUAUGAAAGAACAUUGAAACUAGCUGAACGUGUUAAACUUUUAAAAGAUCUUAAAUUACCCGAUAAAGAAUUACAACUUCAAGCAAAAGGUUUUGAACGACGUGCAAGCAAGCCUCAAAUAUUUAUGGAUUCAAUAAUAAAUAAUCAACAACGUCAACAAAGUUUUGAUGAAUCUAAUGAUCAAUAUCAAUAUACAUUUACACCAAAUCAACUUGAAACUUUAAAAAAAUCUGUAACUGAAUCAUCAAUGCGUAAAAUGCAUUCAGCUGUUCGACUUAAUCAACAGAUUCGUGAACGUUCUCGUGAUGCAAAACUUGUUCUCAUUAAUUUACCAUCACCACCAUCAAAACAUACAAGUCUAGCUGCUUAUUCAUAUAUGGAAUAUGUUGAUGCAUUAACAGAAGGUUUAGAUAGAUUAUUAUUAAUGCGUGGUAGUGGACGUGAAGUAAUAACAAUUUUUUCUUAA